AUGGCAGACGGUAAUGCUGUGGCUCCUGCCGCUACCAAAUCCAUCUUUGGUUAUCUGAAUGACUGGGGAACUGCAUCACUGCCCCCAUCUCUCCUGGCAACCCUCAUAACCGCUCUCCACGCGCGGCCCCCAUCCCUGCCCCUCUUCCUCUUCACCCCUCCGCUGCUCUUCUCAUCCUACCUCAACCUCUCAGGCUAUCCCACCGGCAGCGCUGGCCUGACGGCUGCCUGGUCUGGCCUCUACGCGCUUCUCGCCCUGCGUCGUCGUCAGCCCUUCCGCGGCCGCUUCUCCAUCCGUGGUGCCGUGCGCGGUACUGCUAUUGGUCUCGGCGCGGCUAACUGUGUUGCUGGAGGAUGGGUCUACGCAAACGGUGACUUUGACAAGGACGCCAAGGCGCGGGCCGACAGGAACCGUUGGGGUGGAAAGGACUAA